AUGGAAAUGGAUUCCACUCCGAACGGAAACAACACUGCCGUCGAAACUCAAAUCGCAGCCACCACCGCCGCCGUCAACCCUACGCCUGCUCCGUCCUCCAACCUCCCCAGACUAACGGAAUCUCUCAAGCUCGAGCAUCAGUUCCUCAGAGUCCCUUUUGAGCACUUCAAGAAAACCCUCCGAGCCAACAACCGCGUCGUCGAGAAGGAGAUGUCCGCCGUUAUCUCCGGCGUCAACGAUGCCGCCUCUUCUGAUUUGUCCCCCUCCGACGCCGUCAACCAGCUUAGCUCUCUCGUCUCCCGCCUCCAAGGGCUCAAAAGAAAACUGGAAGAAGGAAAUCGAGCUGAGCAUUUGCAAGCGCAGAAGUGUCGUGCACGUCUUGAACAUUUGGAAUCUGCAGACGCGGAAAAAAUGUCAGAAUGGAAUAACACUCGCUUGAAGCGAAUUCUUAUUGAUUACAUGUUAAGAAUGUCAUAUUACGACACUGCACAGAGACUGGCUGAAUGCAGCAACUUGCAGGAGCUAGUUGAUAUUGAUGUGUUCCAAGAAGCAAAAAAGGUUAUUGAUUCUUUGCAAAGUAAGGAUGCUGCACCUGCCCUAGCAUGGUGUGCUGAAAACAAAUCAAGACUGAAGAAGUCUAAGAGCAAAUUGGAGUUCCAGUUGAGACUUCAAGAGUUCAUAGAAAUGGUAAGAGCUGAAAACAAUUUAAGAGCCAUCACAUAUGCUAAGAAGUAUCUUGCGCCAUGGGGAGCCACCCACAUGAAAGAACUGCAGCGAGUCCUCGCAACACUAGCUUUUAAAAGAGAUACCGGAUGUGCCACAUAUAAGGUCUUGUUUGAAGACAAACAAUGGGAUUAUCUAGUUGACCAAUUCAAACAGGAGUUCUGCAAGUUGUAUGGCAUGACUUUAGAGCCUUUGCUCAAUAUCUACCUGCAAGCUGGCCUUUCGGCUCUCAAAACUCCAUAUUGUUUCGAGGAUGAUUGCACAAAAGAAGACCCUCUAUCACAGCAAGCUUUUCGCAAACUAGCCUCACCAUUACCAUUUUCUAAGCAGCAUCACUCAAAACUUGUUUGCUACAUAACAAAGGAGCUAAUGGACACAGAGAACCCACCACAAGUCCUGCCAAAUGGAUAUGUUUAUAGCUCCAAGGCUCUUGAAGAGAUGGCUAAGAAGAAUAAUGGUACUAUAAUCUGCCCAAGGUCAGGUUUUAUUUGCAGUUACACAGAACUGGUCAAGGCAUUUAUUUCAUAA